AUGAAGAAUUGGAGGUUCCGCAAACAUCUUCCUCAUGACCUGCUGGGUCUACGUGUUAUUGAAGCUAACGAGGUGUCGCCGAUGUGGCGAAAUGAGUUGCGACUCAUGGAUGUCCCAUGGCUGCGAGACCACUGUGUUGGAAAUGACAUCGUCUUCCCGGGUGCGGGAUACAUCGCCAUGGCCGGCGAAGCGAUCUUUCAAGUCAACGACAUUCGAGACUACACGGUGAAAGACGUGGAGCUGAGCAAGGCUCUUGUUCUCUACAAUGACAAACCAGUCGAGAUUAUGACGACGCUGCGACCCCAACGACUUACCGCGACUCUGGACAGUGACUGGUAUGAUUUCCAGAUUGUCUCCAAUGAUGGAUCCGCUUGGAAUAAACACUGCUCUGGGCUCGUGCGUAGCGGUCGUGCUUCCCCAUUCCCACGAAAGAACAUUCAGAGUCUUGACAGGCAGGUCUCGUCGACGCGCUGGUAUACAACCAUGGCUAGAGUGGGUCUCAACUAUGGACCGAGGUUUACUGGUCUAGAGGAUAUGGCAGCCAGUGUCGCCGACAAGGUUGCGGCAGCCCAGAUCCUGGACAAGCAAGAACCUGCCGAGUCCCCAUACAUGCUUCAUCCUUCCACUCUUGACCUCGUUUUCCAGUCUUUGACAGUGGCAACGUGCCAAGGAAUAUACCGGACUUUCAAGUCCUUGUUCCUGCCCACAUUCAUUGAGGAAAUGUAUAUCGGCGAUGCAGCCGGGAAGCGUAUUAGCAUUAGUACGGCAGCAGCUGGAAAGCCUGGUACAGUCGAGGGUGCCUCGUACGGCAUCACAGACGACGAGAUGGUCUUUUACCUGAAGGGAUUCAGAGGAAAGGCUAUGGAGGACUCUGGUGUCGAUCAGCCGGCGGAACUGAGAUUUCUCCAGCUCCAGUGGAAGCCGCAUUUCGACUUCCUAAAAGCCGGCGAUCUAAUGAAGCUGAAGUUCAAUAUCCGAGACCAGAUCCAGGAUCUUGAGCGUCUCUAUGUUCUAUGUUCUAUUGAAGCAAGAAACGCCUUGAAAGGCCGAUCCACCUCUCACCCCCACAUGGAGAAAUAUCGCGUGUGGCUAGAGGAGCAACAUGACAGAUUCCGGCAGCCAGAAUACCCGUUGGUGAAUGACUCCCUUGACUUGACUAAGAUGAAUGAGAUCCAGCGCAAAGACCUCAUUCCAGAGGUCUUCGACCGCUGUGUCGCGUCGGGUGGCUGGGCGCCCGCGACUGCCAUCAAGAGGGCCUUCGAGGAAGUUGUUAACGUGUACGAAGGACGAACAGACUACCUUGAUCUCCUACUCCAGGAUGGUGUUCUCACCGGAAUCUACAGUUGGUACAACGACAUUUGGGAUUUCACUGACUUCAUGCAACUGCUGGGCCAUGCCAAGCCCCAGUUGAGGAUUCUCGAAAUUGGCGCAGGAACGGGCGGGUUGACAGCCAAAUUCCUGGAGCAAUUGAAAUCCGACUUCGACGAGCGACUGUAUCUGAAAUAUACCUACACUGAUAUAUCAUCGGGCUUCUUUGUUCAGGCGAAGGAGCGGUUCAAGGACUAUGACGGUAUUGAGUACAAGGCCCUCGAUAUAUCCAGGGAUCCUGUGGAGCAAGGGUUCAAUGCUGGCGAAUAUGACCUAAUUAUCGCAUCUAAUGUUCUGCACGCCACGCCAUUUCUGCAGGAUACAUUGACCAACGUGCGCACCUUGCUCCAACCGAAGGGUCAAUUGUUUCUCCAGGAGUUAUGUCCUAUAACUCGCGCCAUGAGCUUCAUUAUGGGCCAAUUUCCCGGAUGGUGGCUGAGCGAAGAGGACGGUCGCAUCGGAAGCCCGUUUAUCUCGCCCGAUGAAUGGGACAAAAGACUACGGCUGGCGGGCUUCGAGGGCUGCGAUUCCGUAACUCUCGACAAUGAGCAGCCCUACACUUACAACGCCAACAUCAUCGCAAAGCCAAUUGUUCAAGACAGUGUCGCCGAGAGAGUCACCUUGCUUCACGCUGCAGAGCCCAGCGAAUUUGCGUCAGAGCUAGAACGCCUUCUCCAGAAUCAAGGCGUGGAGGUGGACCAUCGCAAAUGGGGAGAAGACCUUCCAGCUGACCAAGACUUGAUCUCGCUCAUGGACCUUGGAGAGAGACCACUGCUACAAGACAUCUCCGAAGAUGAUCUCACCAAUUUCCUACGUCUCGUGGACUCCCUCCAAGUAUCGACAGUCCUUUGGCUUUCACCCUCCGCCCAGAUCAAUCCCAAGGAUCCGCAGGCAGCGCAGAUUCUCGGAAUGGCGAGAACCAUAAGGUCUGAGCUUGCGAUGUCUUUUGCUACGCUUGAGCUUGAAGACUUGCAGCCAGAGGCUGCCCAGGCUGUGAUUGAUGUUAUUGAAACAUUGCAAAGCUCCAGAGAUGAUAUCGGCGAACUGGAUCCAGACAUGGAAUGGGCUUGGUCGAAUGGCGCAUUGAAUACCGGUCGGUUCCACUGGGUACCGGUAGAGAAGGCACUUUGUGAGACUGCCGAUGAGCCCGAAACCAAGGGUUUGACUAUUGGCACUCCUGGAUUAUUGCAAACCCUUCACUGGGCCAGCCAACCCUUGGGUGAGCCAAGCGCCGAAGAGGCGAGUAUCCGGAUGACAGCUGUAGGUCUCAAUUUCAAGGACGUCAUGAUUGCCAUGGGCGUUAUACCCGGUGGAGAUACUAUUAAAGACGGUAGCAGCCCACUGGGACUGGAGGGUACUGGUUAUGUUACCAAGGUUGGGUCCGAAGUAUCGAACAUUGCUGUGGGCGAUAGGGUUAUGCUUAUCGGGUGUGAAUCCGUUGGAAUGGCCACCGUCAUCAACAGACCGGCCAGUCUCUGCGUUAAGAUUCCGGACCAGCUUACUGACGAGGAAGCGGCUACAAUGCCCGUUGUUUACAUCACCGUGCUGAUGUUCCUCGUUGAGAAGUGGAAACUUGAGAAGGGCCAAUCUAUAUUGAUUCACAGUGCCGCCGGAGGUGUUGGUAUCUGUGCAAUGAAUGUGGCGAAGUGGAUCGGGGCAGAUAUCUACGCGACUGUCGGUUCGGAAGAAAAAGCCGCAUUCUUGACCCAUGAAUUUGGCGUUCCAAGGGACCGGAUCUUCAACUCCCGAGACAGUAGCUUCUUAGACGGCGUGAUGAACUCCACCAAUGGAGUGGGCGUGGACUUGGUAUUGAAUUCGCUAUCGGGCGAGUUGCUGCACACAUCAUGGAAAUGCGUUGCUCCUUAUGGUGCCAUGGCUGAAAUCGGCAAACGCGACAUGGUUGGCCGAGGAAAGCUGGCCUUGGACCCGUUUGAGGAUAAUCGAGCUUUCAUCGGCGGUGACAUCGCUCGUCUUCUUGUCACGCACAAGUCGACCGUGGCGCGUCUUCUGCAACUCAUGGUGGAUGAAUACCUCAAUGGCUGUUUCAAGCCCAUUACGCCGAUCACCACGUUCAAUGCGGAGGAUGCAGAAGAUGCCUUCAGAUUCAUGCAAAAGGGAACUCACAUCGGAAAGGUUGUGAUCAAAUUCCCCGAAGAAGACACUCUACCCUUGACUGCUACCGUUCCCCAACCCCGGUUCCGCGGUGAUGCUUCUUAUCUCCUCGUCGGUGGUCUUGGUGGGUUGGGUAAAGCGAUCGCCAGCUGGAUGGCACUCAACGGCGCACGCCAUCUCAUGUUCCUCUCCAGAUCUGCCGGAAAAUCCGAGGAAGAUCGCGUGUUCCUGAAUGAGUUGAACACAAUGGGUUGCUCUACCCAGUGCUUCGCAUGCGACAUUGCCGACCCGGGCGCCGUUAAGCACGCUGUUGACCAAGUCUCUCUGCCAAUUGCCGGUGUCAUGCAGAUGGCAAUGGUCCUGCGCGAUGUCGGUGUCCUCAGUAUGGAUAUUGACUCCUGGCAUACGGCAGUGCGCCCCAAGGUUCAAGGAUCAUGGAAUCUGCAUGAGUGCCUUCCCAAAGACAUGGACUUCUUUGUUCUGUUCUCCUCGGUUGGAGGAACCUUUGGUUACUAUGGCCAGUCCAAUUACGCCUCGGCUAACACCUUCCUUGACUCCUUCGUCCAGUAUCGCCAGAAUAUGGGCCUUGCCGCCUCAGUGAUAAACAUCGGUCCGGUCGACGACGUCGGAUACGUGAGCCGGACUCCAGCAACCAGGGAGACACUGAUCGCUACCCUGGAAACAUUGUUGACAGAGCAAAACUUCCUGGACAGCUUGCAGCUCACCAUCGCGCGAUCUUCAUCUCGUUAUGCACCGGCCAAGAUACCAUCCGCAUUCGCCGGAUUCCAAAAUCCCAGCCAUAUCGUGCAGGCGUUAGAUUCGCGUAUCCCCAUCAUGGAUCCUCAGAAUGCCAGCAUGUGGAAACGGGACCCUCGGAUGGCAAUCUACCGCAAUAUCCAAAAAACGUCUGAAGCGGAGAGAAGUGACGGUGCUGACCAGCUUAAGCACUUCCUUGCUAGCAUGAUGUGCGACCCGACUAAACUAGAGCAGAAGGCUUCUGCGGAUGUCAUUGCUGCCGAGCUGGCACACUGUGUGGCGAGCUUCUUAAUGCGCGAGGAAGACGAAGUUCCGAUGUCCGUAACUCUUUCUGAUGUUGGAGUUGACUCGCUAGUGGCGAUUGAGGUGCGGAAUUGGUGGAGGCAGAAUCUGGGUGUUGAUGUCUCGGUCUUGGAAUUGAUGAACGGUGGUACUAUUGAGGCGCUGGGUGGGUUGGCCGCGAAGAGGCUACAACAGAAGUAUUCUAGUAAAUAG